UGUCGCUCAUUCGAACUAGAUUUGUCACUCGGUUCACGCGGCUUGAUAGUUUGACGUUUCGAGGGAUGUUAUAGCCGACGUGCCAUCCAAACCAUUAGAUUAUUAGAAACAUUGUUACUUCAUUGUCAUUAUGCCUGCGUAUCAUUCAAGUUUUACUAAGAGUCAUGGCACCAUCGGAAAUAUGGCACUGCUUCCAAUCAAAACUACAUUUAGAGGACCUGCUCCUCCUUUUAACAACAAAGAACAGGACAUCAUUGACGAGGCAUUAUAUUUCUUCAAAGCAAACGUAUUCUUUAGAACGUACGAGAUCAAGAGCGAGGCUGAUAGAGUUUUAAUCUAUAUCACUCUAUUUAUUACUGAAUGUCUAAAGAAGCUACAAAAGUGUGCGACCCAACCACAAGCCAUGAAUGAGAUGUUCUCUCUCGCAAUCUCCAAAUUUGACAUCCCUGGUGAUCCUGGCUUUCCUUUGAACUCGGUAUAUGCUAAACCAAGUAGUCCUGCUGAGGCAGAUCUUAUGAGGCAAUAUCUUCACCAAAUCAGACAAGAAACUGCUGUCAGAAUUGUUGAAAAAGUAUAUGGCGAGGAUGGAAAGCCAAGCAAAUGGUGGCUGUGUUGCAAAAAAAAGUUUAUGGACAAAUCACUCUCUGGACCUGGUCAAUGAGUUAUUUCCUUUAUAUUGUUUUGAAAAUGCAUAUGUGAUUAAAGAAUAAAUCAGUUUAAAAAAAGCA